AUGGGCGACGCGAAUGGCGAUGCGCCGCUGGGCACAUGGGCGCAGCGCAAGGAAGCGCGACGUAACAUGUACGCGAGCAGCACUGAACAAGUGCGUGUGCAUCGUCGCGGCCUGGGGGCAUCGUCGUCAGCAGCUUCGGCUUCCAGUGUCGCUGCCAUGUGUCAGAAAUGUCUGCGACCGGGCCACUGGACCUACGAGUGCAAGAACGAGGCCGUGUACGUGCAUCGGCCGUCGCGGUCUCAGCAGCUCAAGAACCCGAAAUUGCGUCAGCGGUUCAAUACGGACAGACCUCCUGAAGCGCAGCAGGAGGGGGGCGGAGCGCCGACAGGUGACAAGAGCAAGAGGCUGAAGCGCAAGGUCCAGGAUCGAGCGAGUGGCGAGAUGACAAAGAAGAAGAAGAGCAGCUCACGACGCAGGCGCAGGCCCAGUGUAAGCAGCACCAGUAGCAGCAGCAGUAGCUCGGACUCGUCUGGCUCGGAAUCGUCUGGCUCGGAUAGCUCGUCUGGCUCGGGUAGCCCAUCUGGAUCGUCUAGCUCCAGUAGCUCGGACAGCUCCGACUCGUCUGGUAGCGAGAGCGAGAGCUCUUCGUCACCGUCAGGCAGUGACCGUAGCUCGCGUCGGAAACGUGCUGUCAAGCGUCGCCGCAAGGAUGAAAGAUGA